AUGACGAACGACCUUCGUGGUUUGCCACAUGAGAACUCCAUCGCAAAAGCCUCCAGGGCUCCAUCGCAAAGCCAAGUGGUGGCCGCCUUGCAGCGGGUCUUCGCCCUGCUUUCGGAGGGGGAGUCCUUGGUCGUCGAUCCAAAGGACUUUGUGACGGCCGCUCGUGUCGAUGCACUGGAGCAGGCAGACGCCACAGAGUUCAGCGCUUUGCUCUUGGAUUGGCUUCAGCGGGAACUCUCUGCAGGCGGAGGUGCGGAGUUCAUUCCGGCACUCUUCGAGGGACAGAGCUCCACGAUUGUGCAAUGCAGUCAGGAUCCCAGCCACUUCUCGGAGAAGCCGGAAUCCUUCAUGGAACUUCGAGCUGGUCUCUCUCCAGUGGCUGUGGCAUUGGAAGCCAAAGAGGCCACAGGGCGAAAAUCCGGGCCAAAGACAAAGCCUGGUGCCAAAAAGUCGAACAAGAAGCUGCCGACGAUCCGACUUGAGCAAAUUCUGGAGGAGACCGCUUUUCCGGAAGAGGUCCUGGACGGCUCCAACCAGUGGCUUUGCCCGCGCUGUGACCGAAAGGUGGAUGCGAAAAGAACCACGAGGUUGUCAAAGCUGCCGCCAUACUUGCACGUCACGGUGGAGAGGUACCACUUCGAGGCUGAAACAGCGCAAAGGAAACGCCUCGCCCACCCAGUGUCCUUCCCGCGCCGCUUGGAGCUGCGGCUGGGCGGCGCGUUGGCCUCGCAGCGACCGGAGGCGACGAGCAGUGAAACUGCGAUGCUUCCUGUGGCCUAUGAGUGCAUUGGUUACUUGGAGCACGUCUCGGACUCUGCGCACAGUGGCCACUACCGCGCGACACUGCUGCGCGAGGAGGAGGAGCCCUAUGUGUCAGCAGUGGCAGGCCUGGUAGGGGACGAAGUCAAGGAGCCUGCGCUGAAGCGGCCCAAAGUGGAUGACCCCGAUGCGGCAGCCGGAGCACCACAGAAACGCAGCUGGUGGCGCCUUGAUGAUGAGUCGGUGACACCAGUUGAAAGCGUGGAGAGUGAAGCUAGUGGAGCUGGUGCUCCCAAAGCUGCAGAAGGAACGAGCAGCUCAAGUGCUGCUCCGCCUCAAGCUUCAGAUCCUGAAAGAAUUGAGUCUGCCACCGCAUACUUGGUGCUCUACCGGCGGUGCGAUCAUGACCCAGGUCAGCUGUGCCAGGGUCGCCGAGUCUCGGGCGUCCCUCGCACAGCGCCGCCCUUGUCCAGCGAACUCCAGCGGUGUGUGGACGAGCACAACACGGAAUUGCGACGGCAGCGCAAAGAGUUUGAGUCGAAUUCCCUGGCGGUCGAGCGCUUUGUGGGGGAACGGCGCCGAGCCGUGAUGUGUUUGGCCGAGGCCUUGCGAGCCUUGCAUCCGUCGCAAGGUAGCUCAUCUGAUCUGAACCUCGUACCGAGCCCAUGGCUGGAAAGGUUCCUGCGAGGCGAAGAUCGGACUCUGCAGAACAUCUUGGAGGGCGAUGCCUCCAUUCAGCCACCCAUCUACUCUUCGUCCUUGAUCCAGGGAAGGACGGGCCAUGCCCUCGAUCCCUUGGCCGUUUGGUGUGGCGAGGUGAAACUGCUGCCCACGGCUGCUUUGGAGCAGGUGGGAGGCCAAUUUGGAGGGUUAGAUUCCUCCACCUUCCUGCGAGCAGAAGCCGCCAUGAAUGAGGAGGUGGCCACGCUGGUUUUCAAAGCCUUCGAGCACUUCCGCAAAGAAUUUCACCUGAAAGGGGUGCUCCAGAGCAACAGGUUUAGUGUCACAGAUGUGCGAGCGGUGGAGAGCUCCGAACAAGGCUUUGCCGUUUGGAUCUCCAUCCGACAAUUGAAUCAAUGGAAGAAGGUGGUGGGCGACACAAGCUCCACAGCAUCACUGAGACAACUUUGGCGAUGCUUUGUGCAAGAGGUGCAUGAGUACCGCUUCGGGAUUUCGCCAGAGGGCGGCGCGGCAGAUGCACCUGAGGCAUCCGAUGAUGAGGUGGCGGUAGAAGCAUCGGGGCUGGAAGUGCCAUCUGAUGUGAAAGAGGCGACGACUCCAAGAGUUAAGCCGUUGACACUUUUGGGAGGCCUGCUGUGUCGGCACCAACUCCUCAGUCGGCCUCGAGCGGCCGCGCUGGUGAGCCGCAGCCAGCUGGAGGAGCUUCUGGAGCGCCUUCCGCGAGCUGUGGCAAAGCGCUGCUUCCAUGCGCCCCAGGGUGAGAACUGGGCACGGAGACCGAUUUUCUCCGGGCGGAGGGAGGCGGGAGAGGCUAUGCUGCUAGGUAGACCUCCGGAGGCCUUACGGCCAUGGUCCGCCAGCGGCGCGACUCCAGCCGCAAGCGAUCUGGGUGACCAGAAGUCCAACAUCCGAACUGACAGUGUGAGGGCAGAUGAUGUUGAUGGCUCGAAACGCAAGGGCUCCGGUGGCUCCAAGCGCUCUGCUGCGAAGCCCGGUGCCAGCGGCUUCGGCGGCAAAGAGGCGCCCUUGGGAGGUGCAGCUGCAGCAUCGCAGGAGGAAUCCCUAGCUUUGAGCAAGCCAAUGACCGGUGCGCAGCUGGCUGCGGCGGAGGUCAAUGGCGCCGGUGGCAUGCACCGAGUGAUCCCCACCCCAGGGAAUCUCAUUGGCGGGCUCAUGGGAAGAGGAGGUGCAACGAUCACCGCCAUCCGGAAGAAUCACCCAGGCGUCACCAUUAAGGUGAACCAGCCACAGGGCAACGCCAUGGCGGAGAUCAUCAUCACUGGGGAUCCCAAGAUGGUGCCUUCCGCGGAGGUGGCUGUUUGCGAAGCCCUGAUGAGUAGCCCCAGCAAGGGUGCGCCGGUGAUGGGCGGCAGAGGCGUGCCGCAAGCGGUACAGCCCCGGUAG